AUGGGGAUGAUCUGCAUCGAACUGUACUGGGAUCACGCUCCCAGAACGUGUAAAAAUUUUGCCGAACUAGCCCGACGCGGAUACUACAAUGGAACUAUAUUUCAUAGGAUAAUUGCCGAUUUCAUGAUUCAGGGCGGAGAUCCGACCGGAACCGGUCGUGGCGGUGCAUCAAUUUUUGGUGAUAGAUUUCCGGAUGAAAUCCAUGAUAAUUUAAAGCAUAGCGGUGCUGGGAUCAUUUCGAUGGCUAACAGUGGACCAAACACUAAUGGUUCACAGUUUUUCAUUACUUUAGCACCAGCACAACAUUUAGAUGGGAAACAUACCAUUUUUGGACGAGUUGCAUCUGGAAUGAGAGCGGUGCAAAAAAUUGGACUUGUGGAUACGGAUGCUCAUGAUCGGCCAAAAAGCGAAAUUAAAAUAUUAAAGGCAUUCCCUAAAGAUGACUCUCGCAAUUGA